AUGCUUACUUCUUCGACUCAGCCUUAUCCCGAGAUCUUGGGAGGCCCAGCGCGCAUACUGCUAACGACAGCUCCGGCGUCCCGUCUGGUCCAACGUUCUUUUCAUGCAGCGGCAACACGCGUGAGCGUGCCCCUGGAGCACAGAAUUCCUCCAGGAUCAUGGGACAGCCACAUGCACGUCGUGGAACCCAAGCAGUUCCCUAUCUCUCCAAAAGCAGUAUACCAGCCUACAACCCAUACGCUGGAAGAUGCUCUUUACUUCGAGUCUACACUAGGGGUGGAGAACCUCGUCUUUGUGCAGCCCUCCAUCUAUGGAACGGAUAACUCCUGCCUUCUAGCCGCCCUGGCUAAAGUCGGCCCUUCCCGUGGUCGUGGAGUCGUGGUGGUUGACCCCGACACUAUCCAACAAGAAACGCUCGAUGCGUGGCAUGCUCUGGGUGUCCGUGGUCUCCGAGUGAACCUCCAGUCCGUGGGAAAGGUCAUGGACCAGGCCGAGUUGGAACAGGAUUUGCUUCGACACGCCGACGUUGCCCGGCCUCGGAACUGGAUCAUCGAAACAUACGUUCCUUUGAAGAUGGUCCCCAUGCUCGAAUCCAUCGUGCCUCGUCUCGGCGUCACCGUCUGCAUCGACCACUUCGGAAGCCCUGAACUCUCUUCUAUCUCAUGGACAAAGGAACCUCAGCCCUUCGACCCCUACAGCCUUCCCGGGUUCGACUCCCUGAUUUCCUUGAUCCGCCAAGGAAGCACCUACAUUAAAGUGUCCGCCCCUUACCGCCUCACCAAAGACAGACACAUGCGUGAUCUCAAGGCCAUGGCCCGCGAGUUUCUCUCUGCGGCGCCGGACCGAGUCAUUUACGCCACCGACUGGCCUCAUACUCGCUUUACCGGUGUCGACAUCAGCCCUUUCACAGAAUGGUGCCUGGAUCUUUGCGCUCACGAGCCUGAACUCGCAGAGAAGCUGUUCCGCAGGAACACCGAGCGGAUGUUGGACGUGAAGUCUGACUAG